AUGGGCUCGGGAAGGGUCGGGGAGGUUUCUUUGCGGGAGUGGCUGGCUCAGGGCGGUUCCGAGAGGGGCGGUGCUGCUGUCGUGGCCCGAAUUGCCAAACUGGAGGAAAAACUCUAUGUGGAACGGGAAGCGGCUGUCGGCAUGGAGCGGGUGGCGCAUGCUGAGGCCGAGGGCAGAGCCUCAGCGGAGAGGGAGGUCGCUGCACUGCAGCGUGAAGUGCAGUGCCUGCGGGAUCGGUGUGGGAUCGGGUGGGAUCGGGGUGGGAUGGGUGUGGGAUGGGUGUGGGAUGGGUGUGGGAUGGGUGUGGGAUGGGGGUGGGAUGGGCGUGGGAUGGGCGGGGGAUGGGCGGGGGACGGGUGGGGGACGGGUGGGGGAUGGGUGUGGGAUGGGUGUGGGAUGGGUGUGGGAUGGGUGUGGGAUGGGUGUGGGAUGGGUGUGGGAUGGGUGUGGGAUGGGUGUGGGAUGGGUAUGGGAUGGCUUGGGGGAUGGGUGGGGGAUGGCUGGGGGAUGGGUGUGGGAUGGGUGUGGGAUGGGUGUGGGAUGGGUGUGGGAUGGGUGUGGGAUGGGUGUGGGAUGGGUGUAGGAUGGGUGUGGGAUGGGUAUGGGAUGGCUUGGGGGAUGGGUGGGGGAUGGCUGGGAGAUGGGUGUGGGAUGGGUGUGGGAUGGGUGUGGGAUGAGUUGGGGGAUGGGUGUGGGAUGGGUGUGGGAUGGGUGUGGGAUGGGUGUGGGAUGGAUGGGUGUGGGAUGGGUGUGGGAUGGGUGUGGGAUGGGUGUGGGAUGGGUGUGGGAUGGGUGCGGGAUGGGUGCGGGAUGGGUGUGGGAUGGGUGGGGGAUGGGUGGGGGAUGGGUGUGGGAUGGGUGUGGGAUGGGUGUGUGGGAUGGGUGUGGGAUGGGUGUGGGAUGGGUGUGGGAUGGGUUUGGGAUGGGUGUGGGAUGGGUGUGGGAUGGGUGUGGGAUGGGUGUGGGAUGGGUGUGGGAUGGGUGUGGGAUGGGUGUGGGAUGGGCGUGGGAUGGGCGUGGGAUGGGCGGGGGAUGGGCGGGAGAUGGGUGGGGGAUGGGUGUGGGAUGGGUGUGGGAUGGGUGUGGGAUGGGUGUGGGAUGGGUGUGGGAUGGGUGUGGGAUGGGUGUGGGAUGGGUGUGGGAUGGGUGUGGGAUGUGUGUGGGAUGGGUGUGAGAUGGGUGUGGGAUGGGUGUGGGAUGGGUGUGGGAUGGGUGUGGGAUGGGUGCGGGAUGGGUGCGGGAUGGGUGCGGGAUGGGUGUGGGAUGGGUGUGGGAUGGGUGUGGGACCGUGGUGAGAUCGUGGUGGGAUCGAUUCAGCAGAUGUCGUGCAAAAUUGUUGCACUGCAGGAGCAGGUGGAGAGGAAGAGGGAGCGGAUGAGGCUGGAUAGUGGGGGGGAUGGCGGACAGGAGAGGCGUGGGGAGAGAACCCCUGCGCGGCGCGUUCUGAUUUCGGACUUUGAACAGGCGAGGUCAUCAAGCCAAUUGCCAGCUGCGACUGCUAACAGCGGGGAGAGGGGAAUGGAGAUGUGUGGCACCAUAGGGAGUGCGGGCGGAGUUCAUCAGGGAGGUGAAUUGGUGAGGGUGUUCGAGCUUGGCUCUCCUCUAGCAUCGUCUGCCGCUUCUCGUGCUGCAGCUGCUCUUACUCCGGCUGAGGCUGCAUCUGAAGUUGGUUACAAUGCGACCACAGCAGCAGAGGUAGAGCAGUGCUCCGUCUACUUCCUCCCUUCCUCGAAGGUGAUGCUGCAACCAUCUCAGAGUCAACACACCCUCGACCAGCGGCAGCAUCCCCUCCACGCCCUCAGUCUUAAACACCCGGAUAGCUCCAGCCCAGGCCCCUCCCUCCACCACCAUGUUACCAAGUCCCCCUGUCCGCACGUCUUCCCUGUCCGCACGUCUCCCCUGUCCGCACGUCUCCCCUGUCCGCACGUCUCCCCUGUCCGCACGUCUCCCCUGUCCGCACGUCUCCACACGUUGGCGAUGGAGACGAAUGAAGUGAAUUUGCGAAAUCUGCAGAAUGAGGCAGCAGCGGCAAGGGAGAGGGUGGAAGCUUUGGAGAGGAAUCUGAAUGAGGAAGUUGCAAGGCGGGUUGAAGCGGAACGGAAUCUAGAGGAAGGAAAUAAGCGGAUGAAGAGUUUGGACGAGAAGGUGGAGCGGGUUGACCAUGAGAAACGCGAGCUCGUGCAGGAGGUAAGUGGAUUUGAGGGGGAAGUUUCAAAAUUCGAACGGCACGUGGCGUUGCAUCGAGCUGCAAUGGCGGAGAAGGAGAGUACGAUUGCCAAACUGGAGGAAAAACUCUAUGUGGAACGGGAAGCGGCUGUCGGCAUGGAGCGGGUGGCGCAUGCUGAGACCGAGGGCAGAGCCUCAGCGGAGAGGGAGGUCGCUGCACUGCAGCGUGAAGUGCAGUGCCUGCGGGAUCGGUGUGGGAUCGGGUGGGAUCGGGGUGGGAUGGGUGUGGGAUGGGUGUGGGAUGGGUGUGGGAUGGGUGUGGGAUGGGGGUGGGAUGGGCGUGGGAUGGGCGGGGGAUGGGCGGGGGACGGGUGGGGGACGGGUGGGGGAUGGGUGUGGGAUGGGUGUGGGAUGGGUGUGGGAUGGGUGUGGGAUGGGUGUGGGAUGGGUGUGGGAUGGGUGUGGGAUGGGUGUGGGAUGGGUAUGGGAUGGCUUGGGGGAUGGGUGGGGGAUGGCUGGGGGAUGGGUGUGGGAUGGGUGUGGGAUGGGUGUGGGAUGGGUGUGGGAUGGGUGUGGGAUGGGUGUGGGAUGGGUGUAGGAUGGGUGUGGGAUGGGUAUGGGAUGGCUUGGGGGAUGGGUGGGGGAUGGCUGGGAGAUGGGUGUGGGAUGGGUGUGGGAUGGGUGUGGGAUGAGUUGGGGGAUGGGUGUGGGAUGGGUGUGGGAUGGGUGUGGGAUGGGUGUGGGAUGGGUGUGGGAUGGCUUGGGGGAUGGGUGUGGGAUGGGUGUGAGAUGGGUGUGAGAUGGGUGUGGGAUGGGUGUGGGAUGGGUGUGGGAUGGGUGUGGGAUGGGUGUGGGAUGGGUGCGGGAUGGGUGCGGGAUGGGUGUGGGAUGGGUGGGGGAUGGGUGGGGGAUGGGUGUGGGAUGGGUGUGGGAUGGGUGUGUGGGAUGGGUGUGGGAUGGGUGUGGGAUGGGUGUGGGAUGGGUUUGGGAUGGGUGUGGGAUGGGUGUGGGAUGGGUGUGGGAUGGGUGUGGGAUGGGUGUGGGAUGGGUGUGGGAUGGGUGUGGGAUGGGCGUGGGAUGGGCGUGGGAUGGGCGGGGGAUGGGCGGGAGAUGGGUGGGGGAUGGGUGUGGGAUGGGUGUGGGAUGGGUGUGGGAUGGGUGUGGGAUGGGUGUGGGAUGGGUGUGGGAUGGGUGUGGGAUGGGUGUGGGAUGGGUGUGGGAUGUGUGUGGGAUGGGUGUGAGAUGGGUGUGGGAUGGGUGUGGGAUGGGUGUGGGAUGGGUGUGGGAUGGGUGCGGGAUGGGUGCGGGAUGGGUGCGGGAUGGGUGUGGGAUGGGUGUGGGAUGGGUAUUCAGCAGAUGUCGUGCAAAAUUGUUGCACUGCAGGAGCAGGUGGAGAGGAAGAGGGAGCGGAUGAGGCUGGAUAGUGGGGGGGAUGGCGGACAGGAGAGGCGUGGGGAGAGAACCCCUGCGCGGCGCGUUCUGAUUUCGGACUUUGAACAGGCGAGGUCAUCAAGCCAAUUGCCAGCUGCGACUGCUAACAGCGGGGAGAGGGGAAUGGAGAUGUGUGGCACCAUAGGGAGUGCGGGCGGAGUUCAUCAGGGAGGUGAAUUGGUGAGGGUGUUCGAGCUUGGCUCUCCUCUAGCAUCGUCUGCCGCUUCUCUCGCUGCAGCUGCUCUUACUCCGGCUGAGGCUGCAUCUGAAGUUGGUUACAAUGCGACCACAGCAGCAGAGGUAGAGCAGGCGAUGGAGACGAAUGAAGUGAAUUUGCGAAAUCUGCAGAAUGAGGCAGCAGCGGCAAGGGAGAGGGUGGAAGCUUUGGAGAGGAAUCUGAAUGAGGAAGUUGCAAGGCGGGUUGAAGCGGAACGGAAUCUAGAGGAAGGAAAUAAGCGGAUGAAGAGUUUGGACGAGAAGGUGGAGCGGGUUGACCAUGAGAAACGCGAGCUCGUGCAGGAGGUAAGUGGAUUUGAGGGGGAAGUUUCAAAAUUCGAACGGCACGUGGCGUUGCAUCGAGCUGCAAUGGCGGAGAAGGAGAGUACGAUUGCCAAACUGGAGGAAAAACUCUAUGUGGAACGGGAAGCGGCUGUCGGCAUGGAGCGGGUGGCGCAUGCUGAGACCGAGGGCAGAGCCUCAGCGGAGAGGGAGGUCGCUGCACUGCAGCGUGAAGUGCAGUGCCUGCGG